AUGGAGAAUAUAAAAAUGGUAAAAUAAAUUAGUAGAUGGGAUAUUUUUGACAAGAGUAACGAUGGUGAAUCUUUUUAUAGAUGUAUUAUUACAUUAAUAAAUAAAUAGUUAAAAAAACAAUCCAAGUGGUGGAGGAUUUUAUGAAGAUUAAAUAGAAGGAGAUUCGAUUAAAGUUGGGAAAUGGAUUGACAUUAGUGAAGAGUUUUAAGAUAAUUAGUAAAUUACUUAAAGUGGAGACUAUAAAUGAGGUUAAAAAUUUGGAAAAUGAGAUAUUUGGUGGAGAAAUCGAAAUCUUGAUUAGGAGGAUGAACUCCAAGCAUUUAAUGAUGAAUCCAGUUAAAUAUUAAUUAUAAUAAUUUUGUUAGAUUUUCGAUAAGCUUCAAUAAAUGGAAAAGCUAAUAAAUGUAAAUAUUCAGCAGCUGUAGCCAAACAAGAAGGACAUGAUGAAGAAGACUAUAAUAGAGCUAAUUGUCAAACAACCAGCAGAAAUUUGGAGAUGUUUACAACUUAAAAAUGGAAUUACAUCACAUUUAUCUAAACUAGAAUGA